UAAGUGCAAGUGUUGCCGCUAUGAAGUGCCAUAAGACAUUACUGUCAGUAUGUUUCGUGAUAAUGACGCUAUGGCCGGGGUGCUUCAGUGACCCCAUGAUGCUAAACGAGACAACGUAUCUUGAUCUGCCGCCACUAUUCCACUUGGACGAGUGGUCGCAAUGUCGACGGCCGAAUGAUGUCUACUGCAUUGUGGACGCAGCUUUGGUAUCGUCCAGCCCCUCACCGUUAUUUGACUAUAUAAAGGCAUAUUCCUCAAAAACUCAAAAGCAUUACAACCGGACGAUGGUACAUCGAGGCGUGUGCAUCAGCAAGUGUGGGGUUGGGGGUCCGGACACUCGGAGUGAUGCCGCUGAGCGCUGCCUUAACAAUAGCUUGGCGGAGUAUGGCCUGCAGGCGAAGGUGUUGACGUUGCAUUUCUGUAAAACGCCUGAAACGGUUUAUAGAAGUCCGUCUACGGGAAGUUUCAACAUCGUAGUGUUAUCUGUGCUGGUUAUAACGUCGCUGGCAACAGGAUUACACAUUUUUGGCGGACGAUGUGCACGAUUUGCGGAGAACAAAUUUCUGCUCGCUUUUUCAUUGAAACAAAAUUGGCAAAUUUUGAAGCGAAUCAGGUCUGAAUCUCACACUGACUAUCGCACGAAAGACCUCGCUUGUUUGGAGGGACUCAGAUUUUUGGGAACAAUCGGCGUUAUUUUCACACACGUUACUUUAAUCUUCGUCUUUUCGUACAUUGACAAUCCAGAAUUCAUUGAACACAUGUUUGAACAACUGGGCGGUAAAGCGGCGUUUAACACUCCGCUGUGGAUGCAGGUGUUCUUCUCCAUCUCCGGCUUCCUCACGACAUACUUCGUCCUGAUCUAUUCAGAGUCCGGCUCGUUCACGUUUAUCAAAUGCCUGCUGUCAUGCGCUAAUCGUUAUAUAAGAUUAACACCAGUAGCAUUAUUUGCUCUGUGGUUCACCAUCACGUGGUACCCGCAUCUGGGAUCGGGUCCCCAGUGGGUGUGGCUCAUCGAGCGGGAGGCGCAUGACUGCUCCGAGCGCUGGUGGUACCACGCUCUCUACAUACACAACUACAUACCGCUCGGAAAGUUCUGCAUGGGACACACCUGGUACUUGGCGGCGGACAUGCAGCUUCACGUCAUCGGUCUAUUGUUGCUUUUCAUCUUCGUUAAAUGCAGACGCGCUGUAAAACCAGUUGUGUUCGUACUGAUUGUUGGAUCUAUUAUUGCGACUGGCUUAACGGCUUACUUUUUAAAUUUGACACCGAUUAUAACUGCGCAAUCACCUGAGAUCGUCAGUAGCAUGUUCAAAGGUUCACGAAUAAUGAAGAUAUUGUACUUACCUGUUUGGAUGAAUCUCUCCGGAUAUCUAUUCGGCUUAGCCACCGCCUUCAUAUAUUACCAUAACCAGACUGUUGGUUACAAACUCAGUGAAGCAAAGUGGUUUAAGCUGUUGUUUCACGCAUCGUUGUCGGUGGCGGGUGCGAUGUCGCUGGCGGGUGUAGUAUUCCUGGGAGAGACCGCUCCCCCCCAGUGGCUCGCCGCUGUUUACAGCUCACUCGAUCGAGUGAUCAUCGCACUCUGUUUCAAUGUCUUCCUGCUGGGAUGUCUCAAUAAUUGCAAAUCUAUUCUGAGAGACAUCCUUGCUUGGCGAGGUUUCCAAGUCGUGGGCCGUUUGACUUACGCUGUGUUCAUUGUCCACUUCAUCAUCAUGAGGAUGACUGUGGCCUGUAACACGCAGAUUGGACACGUCUCCGUCUACUCCAUGAUCUCUUUAUUUGUAGUGGGUACGGUUCUAUCAUAUCUCGUAGCGAUACCAGUAUAUCUUUUUAUAGAAUUACCUUCAAUACAGCUCUGGAAGGCGCUCAUUGGUUUAAAUGGUUCCAACAAAGUCGAACCUGAAACCAGCCAACCAGAGCCGUCCAAAAUAGAUUUAGUAACAAGUACACAAAGAAAUAACAUUCAAGGCGUUGCUUAGGGCUUAACACGUUGAAUUGUGUGUGAAAACUACAUUUACAAAAAGACAAUUAUGUAAUUUAUCUUGUGUUUUUCGUUAAAAUAUCUUUAAGUGGUAUGUAUUAGAAUCCGUGAUGUGUCAGAUGGUAUUGUUAAGCGAUUGACAGCAGUGAAGAUCCGAAUUAUGUUUGAAGAAUUGAAACAACU